GCAGCCUGUUCCCGUGGUGUCGUUGAAUUGUAAGCGCAUGCUCAAAGUCGAACAGAAUGUUGAGCAAAACGGACUAGAAAAAACAGUCAGACAUUGGCGUUUAUAACAGAACAUUACUAUUUCCUUCGUAAAACCAACCUUAUUUUCCUCAACUGUAGUGUUUAAAACAAUGACGGAGACCCAAUCGGCGCUGUUACUCAGGAGACAGCUGGCAGAACUAAAUAAGAACCCAGUGGAGGGAUUCUCCGCCGGAUUGAUAGAUGACAAUGACCUUUACAGAUGGGAAGUUCUAAUAAUUGGACCUCCAGACACAAUGUACGAAGGGGGGGUGUUUAAAGCACACCUCACAUUUCCCAAAGACUACCCACUCAGGCCUCCCAAAAUGAAAUUCAUCACAGAAAUAUGGCACCCCAAUGUUGACAAGAACGGUGACGUUUGUAUUUCUAUUUUGCACGAGCCUGGGGAGGAUAAGUACGGCUACGAGAAACCAGAAGAGCGCUGGCUCCCCAUCCACACAGUGGAGACCAUCAUGAUUAGUGUCAUCUCCAUGUUAGCAGACCCCAACGGAGACUCUCCCGCCAAUGUGGAUGCUGCUAAAGAAUGGAGGGAAGACAGGCAUGGGGAAUUUAAAAAGAAGGUCGCACGUUGUGUAAGGAGGAGCCAGGAGACUGCCUUUGACUGAUGGUAAUCCAGCAGUUCGUAGCUUCACAGUUUUUUUCAGGGUCUCCAGCUGAGAAACAACGUGGCACUGUUUUUCCUGCAUUCAACUCCCUGAUGGAUUUGUCUUGACUGAGCCUCAGCAGAGACGGACAGGGCUAAAAUAGGCUGCAGUAGAACACAUGACCAUCACACAUGCUGGCAGAGGCCAAGCAAGUGCCAAUCUAAUAAAAGCAAAAGGAAAUAAAACGACAAAGCAUCACUCAGUCUCUCUAAUCGUUGAAGUGAUACAGCCUUUCAGGAAGCAAUUGUAAAGAUCUGUACAUAGAACAGACAUAAAGAAACGGAUAAUAUAAGAACUGAUCCUCUCCAUCCAGUGAACCACUUAGCACCAAAUAAUAUUUAGUUAGGUUCUGAGUCCUGUAAAUUCUUGAAAGAGUAUUCACAUCCCUCCUAUCAACAAAGACAUCUCUUUUAGUAGUGUGCAUUAGCUCUAUCACAGGUCAUGUGAAAGCCAACCUGGUAAAAUUUUGAGAAGGGUAAGAAUAUUUUACUUUUUUUUAUUUUUUAUUUUUGUUCUUUUAGGAGUAGCUCGCUCAUUCACAAAUGCUAAGAUCGAAGCAACCUAAAUGGCAAGUUUGUGAGAUCAGUAAAGAGGCAUUUGUCGAAACGUAUAGCAUGCCUUGUUAUCUUGGACACAUUCUCACUCUCAACGCUUAAGGUUAAAUAAAAAAAGCAACAACGAAUGGCUCUAAAGCGUCAGCCAGUCAUCAUAAGGGGAGUUGGUUGGGUUUGUGAUGCCUCAAGGUAGCACCGUAACUGGCUACAGUGGCGUUGCGGUCAGCGGGGUGCUUUCUGGGAAGCCACAGUGCACAUCAGCGGUAAUUCAUGCAUGUUUGAGCUCAAUUGGUUUCAUUUGGUUUUCUUUAUAAAAGUGCCUCCUAAUGAAUUGCUUGGCUGUUACACACCUGCAUUGAACAGACGUUGAAAGGGUGCAACAUGUCAGCAAAUUUGCUAUACACCCUCCCUGAGUGUGUGUAUGUGUGAAGUGUGUGUGUGUGUGAUUUUUUUUUUAAAAAAAUGUUCCCCGUUUUGUUUUAUAACCCUUUGUACCAGCAUUAUAAUUAUUGAAAUGUUGUUAAUGCAUUGGUGUAGCAAUAAUCCCUUGCCUAUACCUGUCCUUUGCAGAGCUUUCUUAUUUUGUGUGGUGAUUUGGUAGCAUUUAUGCAGCAUGCUUCAACAGUAGGGUUUUUUUCUUGCAGGAGUUCCUGGGAUUUUUAUUUGAAAAAAAGAUUUAAAAAAACAAGUUUGUCUGAAUGAGUGUGUUUAAUUUACCCUGUAUCACCUUCUCUGCCCCCCUCCCCCCUAAAAACUUUGUGUUCUCAAUUUAUUUUAUUCUGGCUCUGGCGGACUACUGCAGUUUCUGUUGCCUAAUGUACAAAGACAAAAAUACUGAUGUAUAUUUUUCAUGUUAUAAACUGUCACCUUCUCUAGUGAGUUCUUCUAAAAUAAAAAUUUCCAGCA